UAAGCUUAAGUUUAUUUCUGGUAGGCGAUGAGACGGACAUCUCUAGAGAGAUAGUCCAACAGGAAGCUCAGAUGCCAAUUUUAACAUCAUUUGGGGCAAACGGUUGGUUCCAAAAAUACUACCACAUGAACAAUCAUGUUAAUAUGGACCAAAAUCUCAGGAAUGCUUCAGACACAUUGUUGAAUAAAAGCAGUUCAUAAUAAAAUGGCCUGUUCAGUCGAGAACUUUCCUAACAGCUACCUGAAGCAUUAUUAUAAUAUUUAUGCUUUGUAAGCAGUAAAAGAAGGUAAAUAUUUAGCUUUGUUACAAUGAAAGAUUGUACAGGUGAUGGCUCCACCCUCACAUCCUGAAUCCUUCUGAAUUCAAGUACUCGUCUACACGUGUUUUGCUCAGUGGGUAUUUUGUCUUUUUCAGACCACAUUCUGUAAGCAGAAGAGAUGAUUAUGAGUGAAAAUACCAGCAAAUCAGCAGUUUCUGAUAUUAUUCCCCUGGCAACACAAGCAUGACGCUUUCAAAGUAAUUUAAAUCCUAUUUUUUUCAACCUCACUUUAACCUUCUGCAUGUAGUUUUCAUUUUGAUGCCCAAAUUUAUGAAACUGGCUGAACUCAUUACAAUUGUACAUCUAGAAUUUGUUUCAACAAGCAACUGACGAAUUUCUAACUCCUAUUUUUUGCAUGUUUUUUUUUUUUCAGAAGAAAUGUGUCUGUGCACCACAAAGGAUAAAAGAAGGCUGAAAUAGACUUCAGAUUUUGAAGCCUACAUUAACAUAAAGUUCACGAUGAUUCCCCGUUGCAGAUUCAGAACCUUAAUUCUCCUGGGCGUCCUGCAGGGGGCAGCAGUGGUGCUGUUCUAUGACUGGUACACCAGGAUCAGCCCCCGUCACUCUCCUCCCCCUGAAGGCCGCAAGGUUCACGUUUUGCUGCUGUCGUCAUGGAGAUCUGGUUCGUCCUUCCUGGGUCAGGUGUUCAGUCAGCACCCGUCUGUUUUCUACCUCAUGGAGCCCGCGUGGCACGUGUGGACUAGAAAUCACAAAUCCGGGGCAAAGAGUCUCCGAGUGCCUGUGAGGGAAAUGCUGUGGGGUUUAUACAAGUGCGACUUCUCGCUGAUCAGAGACUACCUGCCAGGAAACCCUCGUCUGUCCUCCUUUUUCAUGUGGACCCGGAGUCAGGCGCUGUGCUCGCCGCCGGCCUGUCCCGUCAAAUCAGCCAAUGAGAGUCACUGCAGCCAAGCGUGUCACUCUGCAAGCCUGGACAAAGCGCAGGACGCCUGCACAACAUACACUCAUGUGGUUUUAAAAGAAACUCGCUUCUUUGAGAUGGAGUCCCUUUAUCCCCUUCUGCUGGACCCCAACCUGGACCUCCGAGUGGUUCAUCUGGUCCGGGACCCUCGGGCGGUGAUGCGGUCCAGGGAGGAGUCAGCGUACCUCCUCGACAGAGAUAGCGUUAUAGUCCUGGAGCACAGAAACGUGUCCGCGGCCGACAGGCAGUACGAAGUCGUACGAGAAAUCUGCCGCAGUCACCUGGACAUUUAUGAGAGGGGGUUCCUCGACCCGCCUCCGUUUCUGGAGGGUCGCUACAAACUGGUUCGCUACGAAGACGUGGCACGAAAUCCACUAACAGAGUUGAAUAGUAUUUAUGAGUUUGUAGGUUUAAAGAUGACCUAUGAGGUGGAGGGAUGGAUCCAAAAGAUGACGCAUGGACGGGGGAAAGGCGGCGGGAACGUAGCUUUUAAAAUCACCUCCAGGAACGCAUCUGAAGUGUCGCAGGCUUGGCGCACCGUGCUGAAGCACAGCAAGGUCCAGCGCAUUCAGGAGCUGUGCAAAGGCGCCAUGUUGCUGCUGGGCUACAGGACGGUAGAGAGCGAAGAAGAACAGAAGAGACUCGAUAUCGACCUGUUGGACCCUGGGCAGCCAUGAAGAGCUCAGCUUCCAGGUUAGACCAAAAAAGUAGGGGUGCACCGAUUUAUCGGCCGGCUGAUUUCCUUAAUUAGGAGAUAAGUGAUCGGCCGAUUUUUACAUGUGAAGUCGAUCUUAACCACAGAUACUAUCAACCUCGGCAAAGGUCUAAAAAUCGACCACUGUGCUUUUCUUUUCUCCAGUGAGAGAAGUUUGACUGACAAACCAGCCGACCAGGUCAUGUCUGCACAUUUACAGUUAACAAUAGUCACCUCAAUGUUGCCAAUUCAACAACUUUCUUGAUAUAUUGAGCUACAUUUCAGACAAAAAAAAAUGGUAUUGGCCAAAAUGGGAAUCGGUAAGUUAGGCUUUUU